UUUCCCCAAAAUGAAGACUUUCCUUGCUCUGUUCUCCCUUCUUGCUGUGGCCUCUGCGCAACACUUGUACUAUCCAACGAGCUAUUAUACUCCAUACUAUUACUAUUAUCCUACAGCUACAGUUGGUGCAGCAGCCACCCAACAAACAGAUUUUAGUAAUCAACAAAUAUAUGCCCAACAACCUCAACAACAGCAGACUCAAUAUGCACAGGGAAAUCAACAAUAUAGUGGAACAGUUCAACGAGAUCAAUCUGGAAAUGUUCAACAAACAGGAUCGGUUGCAGCAGCAGCUCAACCUCUGUACUAUUACACUUAUCCAUAUUAUUACACAUAUGGAAGAAAGUGAAUUUAUGAAUAUUGAAAGAUUGCCAAGAUUUUAGAGACGAACGAUGUAUGAAAAGAAGCAAAUAAAGUAUUUUUGUUU